GCCGCUGAGCCGAGCACCCGAACCCCGCUGACCCGCUGUCCGCGUCGCUGUAGCCUCCUCCGCUGCACGCGCAGCCUUGUAAGCUAGCGCUAGCCCCGCUAGCCAACGGUAGCUAACGCCAUAGCAGAGGAAAGUAACCGUUUAGCUACGAAGCUAACGCGUAGAGCCGCCGAAGUGCACCGCUGACACCGCGUCGGCGAGUGGAGGCUAAAUACAGAAUAACACGUGUUGCUCUCGGGGGCGGAGAGAGGUCGCGAGUGACCGAGCUGACGCUUCGUAUCUGCCCGUUCGAAGCGAAGAACGUUGAGUGUUGUCAAAGUGGAGUGUUCCACAGUGAAGCUAGCUAGCAAGCUAGCUGGUUGGCUAGCUAGCCUGCUAACUUGUGCUUGCUUCCUGAGGUCACCUGCACGGCCCCUGUGAGUGUGUGCGUGAGCUGAGACCGAGGAGAAGAAGAAGAAGGGGCCAAUAUGGCAGCCAAAGCAGGCGACAACCCCGAGAGUCUCAUGGCUCUGACGACGGUCUUCUGCCUGAAGAACCUCAGGAAGACCAUGUGCUACCAGGGAUUCAGGGACAAGCUCUGCCUGCGCUCGGACAUCUUCCUUCCCAGCGAAAUCUGCGACAAGCUGGUUAACACGUACAUGGAGUUGGUCCACACAGACAGUAACUUUGAGCCCGAGGAGAGUUUCCUUCAGCUGUUCUCGGACCCUCGCAGCACCAGACUGACCCGGGUGCAGCUGAGGGAAGACUUUGUACGCGACAGAGAUCUGGAGGCCAUUAGAAAACAGGACCUGAUCGAGCUCCACCUCACCUACUGCAACAGUCUGUCGUCACGCAGCUUGAAAACACUCACCUGCUUCCGCGAGACCCUGGUGUCUCUGUGUCUGUUCGGCUGCAGACGCAUCUUCUACAGGAAGGGCGGCGCCCCGCUCGCCUGCAACGAGGACUCGGAGGAAGAGGAGGAGGAGAGCCCCGCUGCACGGCAGGCGCUGGAGACGGACUUUAACUUCCAGGGCUUCAACCGCCUCCGACUGCUCAACCUGGGUGGCCUGCCGGACGAGGUGGACGCCGAGAUGUUGCUCAAACCGCUGAAGUCGCUCACGUCGCUCGAUCUGUCCAACGUGCAGUUGCCGGGAACGGCGUUUCUCACCCAGUGGAAGGACAGACUGGCGUCUCUGGUCCUCUACAAUGUGGACCUGUCGGAGGAGCUGGUCAGUACGGUGGUGGAGCUCGUUAAUCUCAGGCACUUUGACAUCUCACGGGAGAGCCGGCGGACGGCCAAGUUCAAGAUGACCAGGAAGAUCCUGACGGCUUUCGUCCAGCGUCUGGUCAACCUGGUGUCGCUGGACAUCUCGGGUCAAAUCAUGCUGGACAACUGCACAGUUCCGCACUUUGAAAAGGCCAUGGGUCGACCGAGCACCGAGCCGUGCAAGAGCAGCAUCUACCCUCUGCAGGAGCUGAAGAGGCCGCUGCAGUUUCUGGGCUUAUACGACACCACGCUCUGCAACGUCACACACAUCCCUGCUUAUAAGGUGACCGGAUCGAAGAACGAAGACCAGGUCCUCAACGCGAUCGAGGCGUACACGGAGUUCCGCCCCGAACUGGCCCACAGAGCCAUCAACCAGCUGUUCGACAUCGCCCGGAUACAACACUGCGGCCAGCUGCUCCGCGCUCUGCAACUCGUCAUCGCAGCACUAAAGUGCCACAAGUACGACAAGAGCAUCCAGGUGACGGGCAGCGCCGCUCUGUUCUACCUGACCAACACAGACUACCGCAGCGACCAGAGCGUGCGGUUGCGUCGAGAGGUGAUUCAGGUGGUGCUGAACGGAAUGGAGCAGUACCAGGAAGUCACUGUCCAGAGGAACUGCUGCCUGACGCUGUGCAACUUCAGUAUCCCGGAGGAGCUGGAGUUCCAGUACAGUCGGGUCAACCAGCUGCUGCUGAAGAUCCUGGAGCCGGCCCGGCAGGACGAGUCCAUCCAGAGGAUCGCCGUGCACCUCUGCAACGCUCUGGUCUGUCAGGUGGACAACCAUCACAAGGAGGCCGUGGGGAAGAUGGGCUUCGUCAAGACCAUGUUGAAUUUAAUCCAGAAGAAGCUCCAGGAUAGAACGUGUGACCAGGUGAUGGAGUUUUCCUGGAGCGCCCUGUGGAACAUCACAGACGAGACGCCCGACAACUGUCAGAUGUUCCUCAACUGUCGGGGGAUGAGCCUCUUUCUGGAAUGUCUACAGGAGUUCACAGACAAGCAGGAGCUUCACCGCAACAUGCUGGGGCUUCUGGGUAAUGUGGCCGAGGUCAAAGCUCUGAGGCCGCAGUUGCUCACGCCACAGUUCAUCACCGUGUUCAGUAACCUUCUGGACAGUAAGGCCGACGGGAUCGAGGUGUCGUACAACGCGUGUGGCGUGCUCUCGCACAUUAUGUUCGACGGGCCGGACGUCUGGUCGAUGGAGGAGCCGCGGAGGGACACGGUGAUGGACAAGAUGUGGGACGCCAUCCAGAGUUGGGACGUCACCUCGCGCCGCAACAUCAACUACAGGUCGUUCGAGCCCAUCCUGCGUCUGCUGCCUCAGAGCAUCGCCCCGGUCAGUCAGCACUGGGCCACCUGGGCCCUCUUCAACCUGGUGUCCGUUUACCCGAGCAAGUACUGUCCCCUGCUGAUAAAAGAAGGCGGAGUCAGUCUCCUGGAGACGGUUCUGGAACUGGACAGCUCGCAGCCGGAGACCAAGGACAUGGCCAGAAAAGUCAUGGAACAGUGUGAAACCUUCAAGGAGGAUCCCAUGGACACGAACCACGGACCGGAGGUGAACCACGGACAGAGAGGCUGACGCCGCCGCAGCUGACCAACCAAGUAAAAAUCAACCUAAGGUCCCGCCCCCCACUGUCACCACCACCACCGCUGGGGUCGAUCGUGUGCAUUAUUCUUCUUCUGAUCAUGUUAUUAUUUUGUAGAGCAGAACUGUGUCUCUGACCUUCUCCUCCGCAGUUCGGACCGAACCUCCACAUGUGACACGUAGGACGCGUUCGUGUGUGUGUGUGUGUGUGUGUGUGUGUGUGUGUGUGUGUGUGUGUGUGUGUGUGUGUGUGUGUGUGUGUGUGUGUGUGUGUGUGUGUGUGUGUGUGUGUGUGUGUGUGUGUGUGUGUGUGUGUGUGUGUGUGUGUGUGUGUGUGUGUGUGUGUGUGUGUGUGUGUCAAAGAUUUAACGACAGAACAAAACAGUCAGAGUGAUGCUGGAUUCUCAGUGGAAGGAAACAAACGCCCUCUCCACCCAGCUCACUGCCUUCAACUGUAACUCUGAACGAAAGGCUAAAAGGUCACGUGGCGUCCGACGUCACUAUCGCUCGUUGCUCGUGCCGGGCGCCGAGCCGUGGACACAUGUACAGUGAAUAUCCGUGUGUCGACCACGGAGAUGCCGCGUCACACCGACGGAAACUUCCCGGACCUCGUGGGCACGACGACGACGGCGAUGGACUUGUUUUGUUAAAUAUGUAAAUAUUCUUGUUUGUCUCUUCCUUUUACUGUGCGUAUGUUUUAUAAUCUAACUGUAAACACUCUGACUCUUCUCUAUAUUUAAAUUCCUUUAGGUUUGACUGAUGUACGCUCAGAAACUAUAUCCAGAAAAACUUGUGUAGAAAAAUCCUGGAUCCUCUUUGUUUUCUUUAAAGGAUCAUUUCACUUUAGUUCAACCUCGCUUUUGUUUUUGUAUUAUCUGGCAUCGUCACCCGACUCUGCUGCUUCUCACUGGACGACGUGAUGAGUUCCAUCCAUGAAAAUUAACGCUACGUGUCCGCAACACGCACAUGGAACAGUGGGGGGCAGUAUAGACGCAAGAAGCGCCCCACAUAUCAUCUACGACAUCUGACCUCCUCCGCUUUUUUUAAUUUACAGAAUGUGCAAUCAGGACGUUGUACAGUCUUGAGUUCUGCGCUGCCCUCUAGUGGGAAAACUGCAGUAAACGUGUGUACUACACAGCAAGUACGUGAACAAUUACACUCCUGAUGCCGACGUUAACAUGUGGCAUCGGGUAUCCUUUUGUCUGCCCCCGGUGGUAAAGUGUGAUGCCAGAUAAUGAAAGUAAGAGACGAGGUUGAAAGAAGUGAUGUUCCUUUAUACCGACGUCCGGUUCCCCGUCAUGUUUCCUGGCAUGUCGACAUGCUGCUAAGUUAAACUGCUUCACUUUCAAAAUCAAACACUCAAUUUCCUCUGGAAAAAAGCUGAUUGGGAGAAUUUGAACGAUGUGUUCAGGAAUGUCAGACGAACGCUGCCUCACGCAACUCGACACAAGGUAAAUUAAUUUACAAUAAGAAUCUAAUUAAGCAGGUUUCCUUUGAGCGAGUGGAAACAAGAUUGAAGGAAAAAGAAAAAAUACAUUUGAAUUAUUUUUGUGUCGGUUUUGGCAGCGACAAAUGAUUAUUUCCUUCUUUGAUCUGUUGCUUUUUGUAAUUUUACAAGCUGUGAACAGUUCAUGAGUUCUUUGUUUGGUUUGGUUUAGUUUAGUCAGAAAGAGAAGAGAAGCAGCGAUUAAUGAUCAAAACUAUAUUCAUUUCUGUCUGUCGACGCGGUUUCAGUUCUCUCCUUUGUGUUUGAUACAUUCACAACUCCUGGGUUUGGUUCUCGGCCUCGUUGGCACUUUUCUUUGAUUCUCACUUGAGUGAACAGUUUGACUCCGCCCGUCUUUGGGGGCUUUCGCUCAGCGACGGAACGUACGAGCACUGACGACCAUUUUCUCCUGCAGUUCUAAACUGUGCUGGUUUAGUUGAAACAAAUGAAGAUGGACGACACGUCUCUUCUUCUUCUUCCUCCUGUUGGUACAAAGAAUUAAAGCUACAACAAUAUCUCAGAUUCAGGCGCCGCCACCUUGUUCUCGUAACAUCUCGUGGAGUCUGUGCGGUGGUGAGCGGCGGUAUCCAGGUCGUGGGCGUAAAGAUGGACGAUAUGACGGCUCCCUAAAAAAUGAACCCAAAAUCAUUGUGACCGCCCCUGGUGGCUGGUAUAGCUCAUAAGCCCCGCCCCCUCCAUGUUAGCAGAUGGGACCAUUUUUAUUAGAUAACUGACAUUGUUUGUACAACGAGAGGAAGAAGAUAUGUGCUGUCGUCCAUCUUUAUUUACAGUCCGUGGCUCAGACAUUUUUGCACAAUGUUCUCUAUUAAUAAUAAUAACAACACUGGCUCCACUGUGUGUGUAGCUCCGACUGGUUCAUCAGUCAAACUGAUCUAUUACUAUUUUUUAAACUAUUCAUAUCAGUUGCGUUGGGUUUUAUUCACUGAGCUGAUUCUCCUGGUUCUCAUGUACAGUUUUUUUUCUUUGUGCAGUUUAAUCUGAUUGGUACAGUCAUGUUUUUAUUAAUGUUUUCACAGUCGCGGUGGAAAAUGUUCUUGAGAUGAAAAGCUUUAUCAGAGACGAGGAGGAGGAAUUAUUAUAAUCUCACAAAAACUAAACAUGUGGUGCUACACAGUGUUUAAGGUUAGAAAGUGGAUGAUCAAUAAUUCAUCUUCACAGCCUCCAACACUCACUCUCAUAGUUUCCAUUCAUGCUUCUCAUGAAGAAUAAACGUGUCUUCAGUGACGGCAGGAAGCUCUCUGACUGCUCCUGAUUAUUUAUAAAGAUUUAUGUGCUGAAAUAAAAAAUAAAAAAAGUGAAAUUCUUGUUUCAGGAGAAACUGCUGUGUCACAGAGUGAUUUCAUGUUUCUGAUGAGUGUGUCAUUGGUUUUUCUUUUGUAAUUUGCUGAUUCGUGUGAUGAUCCAAAAUCUUGAGUGAGGAAAAUUUGAUCCAAACUGUUUGGAAUUCCAGUUUUUUUCCCGCCCUGAUCUAAAUAUUAUUCCCAGGCCGUUAGUGUAAAGGUAUGAUGAGUGAAGCAAUAAAGAUGGAGUUGGUUAAAGA